AAACAAAUGGGGUCCAAGUGAUAUUAUCGGGCAGAAUUCGCCCGGCACAAAACCCUUCCCAACUUCCCACUUCACUUUACUUUUUACUCCUCCCUCCGUUCUGCUCUCUGCGGCUAGGGUUCUUACCCAACUUAGAUCCAAGAGAUUCAAGAUGAAUGUAGAAAAGCUUCAAAAAAUGGCUGGUUCAGUCAGGACAGGUGGAAAGGGAACCAUGAGGAGAAAGAAGAAGGCAGUUCACAAGGCAAAUACAAAUGAUGACAAACGGCUUCAGAGCACACUGAAGAGAAUAGGUGUGAAUGCCAUUCCUGCAAUUGAGGAGUUAAACAUUUUCAAGGAGGAUGCAGUAAUCCAGUUCCUUAAUCCCAAAGUUCAAGCCUCAAUUGCUGCAAAUACCUGGGUUGUCAGUGGUUCUCCUCAAACCAAAAAGUUGCAGGAUAUUCUUCCUCAAAUCAUUCACCAAUUGGGUCCUGAUAACUUGGAACACUUGAAGAAGUUGGCUGAACAGUUCCAGAACCAGGCAUCUGGUGCUGCUGCAGGUUCAGCCGAUGGUGCUGCUGUGGCACAAGAUGAUGAUGAUGAUGUCCCCCAACUUGUGCCUGGUGAAACUUUUGAAGCUGCUGCUGAGGGUCACAACUAAAACGUUUCUUAAAUUUUGUGCCAUCUUUGGGUUUUCAAAUCCUUCCAAAUCUGUGUUAUCCUUAGUUGGAUGCUCAAUUUGAUGUCUCUUGUGUCUUGUGAAACAUGAAUGCAUUUAUUAGUGUUUUACCCUUUUCCUCUACAGAAUUCUCCCAUGUUAUACUCACUAUUUAUAAAGGGUGUCUUUGGAG